AAUAAAGGUUCAGUGCCGAAGUUCAGGAAAGAAAGCCAUACUCGCUCUCUAAGCGGUCGGGGGGGUGAGGAAGGCGUGUCCCUGGCGCUAGAUAUGUAUUUAUCAGCAAUACGAGAAGGCAGACAGGCUGGGUUGGCGGGCUGCAGGCAGUGAGCAGCAACACACAGUUUGUCUUCUGAAUUGUAGUUUCAGCCAAGUCAGCGAUACUUCCCGCGACUGCAAUAUGGCAGAGAGCAACAGCCGACAAGCCGUGUUUGACAAGCCCAAGGUAGAGCUACAUGUGCACCUUGACGGAGCUAUUCGCCUGGAGACCAUUCUUGAUGUUGCAAAGAGGCGGAAUAUCCCGCUGCCAGCGCAGAAUGCGAAAAACCUUCAGAAGAUGUUCACCAUGGAAGAGCCAGGCACCCUCACGGAGUUCCUCAAGAAGUUUGACAUCUACAUGGGCGUCAUCGCGGGUGACAGGGAAGCUAUUAAAAGAAUAGCUUUUGAAUUUGUGGAGACCAAGGCCAAAGAAGGGGUGAUAUAUGUGGAAACCAGGUACAGCCCCCAUUUCCUGGCAAACUGUAUGGUGAACCCCAUCAGUUGGAACCAAACACCGGGUGACGUGACGCCCGAUGACGUGGUUAAUCUGGUUAACCAGGGGCUGAGGGAAGGAGAGCAGGCCUUCAACAUUAAAGCCAGGUCCAUUCUGUGCUGCAUGCGUCACAUGCCAAGUUGGUCCAACGAGGUGGUGGAGCUGUGUAAGAAGUACCGCGGUGACGGCGUGGUGGCCAUUGACCUCGCGGGAGACGAGUCAAUGGACUGCAUAUCCAACCAAGCUCACCGGGAGGCCUUCGAGGAAGCAGUACGAAGUGAUAUUCACAGAACUGUUCAUGCCGGAGAAGUUGGACCUGCUUCCGUUGUUAAAGAGGCCGUGGAGGUUCUGAAAGCGGAGAGAAUUGGACACGGCUAUCACACGAUCGAUGACCCGGUCCUCUACCGACAGCUCCUCAAGCAGGAUAUGCAUUUUGAGGUGUGUCCAGUGUCCAGUAGAUUAACAGGCGGCUGCCCUGCAGAUUUCACAAAGCACCCUCUCCUCAGGUUUAAAAAAGACAAGGCCAACUACUCCUUGAACACAGAUGACCCUUUGAUAUUCAACUCCACUCUGAACUCAGACUACAAGGUAGUGACGAAGUACAUGGGCUUCACCGAGGAGGAAUUCAAGCGAGUGAAUCUAAAAUCUGCGCAGUCGAGCUUCCUGCCGGAGAAGGAGAAGAAGGACCUGCUCAACCAUCUCCACGAAGCCUACGGAAUGGUGGAGUCCAGCAGGUUUUGAAGACAGAGCCAACUGCUUCCAAAAAAAGAACCAUCCUAAACCUCUCGCCCUCACAACACCCCCUGUCCCACAUACUGACACUUCUCCUUCAACACUGACUUCCCCACUUCUCGGAGAACACUCACAGCGGCAACCUCCUUCCAGGCCAAACCCAGGACCCAAACGGUUAAGGAAAAGGGCUUUGUGCCAUUUCUCCUAUACUGUGCCAUUCGUUCAGAAAGCCCAGGCUUGCAAAGUAGAAAGCCUUCUGUCCCAGUUGUCAUGAACAAUCCCAUGGUGCCAUUUCAAAUCCCGAAGGGGAAAACAACCCCAGUGUCCUGGCUAGAUCUAAAUUUCCCCGUGCAGUUGAAUCGGCUCAGCAGUGCCAUCUCCACCUCGGCAGCUGUGGAUGUGAGUGGCUGGCGCAGGUCCCCAGCGGUGGAAGAACUGAGCCCUCUUCUGCCUGUAAAGGGGCUUGCAGUCCUCAAGGAUGACAAAGGGCUAUACUCAUGCGAGGUGUUAACCUGACGUUAGUAUCAUUAAUGCCAUACGCUGCACCAGUUGAGAAUCGGAAGAUGCAUCUGGGGAAAACCUGUCAAAUGUUUUAUACAAGACACUCAGCAUUGCAAUAAACAUAUGCUGCUGUCCACAGCUACACAAAACGAACACACAGUCCUGACAUCCUGUAUUAAAAAAUGAAUCUCUUUGUAUUCUUUUACACAAACUUGACUAAACUGACAAUGCUGCUCCCAUUUAUUUUAUUUAGAAUGGGAGGGGACUAUCUGUUUUAUAUUUUUAUAACGGGGACAGCUUAGCUGCCACAAAGGCCUCAUUAGCUAAAACAUUAUUUCAGGCUCACAGCAAACGGUACCACUUCUGAACACAAUGGACUAUGAGAAAGGCGAUGUUGCAGGACAGCAGGAGAUUCCCAAUCCUGGGCUUUGAAGAUCACAUUUGAGCAGCUGUCUGGGGUCUCCUUACAGGACGGGUUCAGACCUAUGUGGGUUAAAAAUGCUCCGCUUGAGAUGGCCAAUUUGUAGAAACCUGUGGGAUUGUCACAUCGGAAGACCAGGAAAUAGGUAACCUCACUUAAAAUCAUCAACAGUUAAGAGGCACAAAGAAACAGGUUUGGGCUAGGACAACCAUUCGUCACGGGUCUUCUGUGCAGUCUUCAACGAGCAUUGGAGGCCCCUGCAAAUGCACUGCAUGCAGCAGAAAAAGGGUAACAAGUACUUGUAUGUUCCUUUUUUCUUCACAUGCAGAUAUGACGAGUGUAGCUCUCCCUGCCCCUUGCUGGGAUUUGAUCCCAGACACCCCCAGGCUCCCAGCAAGCACAGCGCCACUCCUCAGACAGCAGCUAACUCUGCCACACUGAAGGCCAGAUCUACAGCCACAGCAGAGUUCCCCACAGUCUAGAUAUCGCGGGAGGGGUGGGGGACACUUCUGUUAACUGGCUCAGCAGAUGAGCCCCCUUACAGACAUCUUUUAGUUCAAUUUUCUUUAACUGACAUGUUCCCCCCCCCCAACAUUCAGCUGUUUUCUCUGUACGGAAUGAGAACAAAUAAACUUUUUGCAAGAUGUAUGCAAAACA